AUGGAUGUGAAAAAGAAGGAAAUGGAUCUUCUGAGCAACAGCAUUGCUGCUUAUGCGCACAUUAAAGCCAACCCGGAGAGCUUCGGCCUGUACUUUGUGCUAGGUGUUUGCUUCGGACUGGUUCUUACACUUUGCUUGCUGCUCAUCCGAAUCUCCUGCAAGCCGCGCACCCGCACAACCUCCAACGGGGCCGCCUCAUCCACAUCCGAGAAAAAAACACCACGGGACGACGAGGACCAGGACAGCGACGACGAGGAAGAGGAUGAUGAGAGGGUGGAUGUCGAAACGCCCGCUCUUCUGCUCGCUACCAACACCGCCACGAUGGCCACAGAGAUCCCGGUGGGGAACCACAGCAACCACUCGGACGGGACGCUGAACGUGUUCACGUCGGCUGAGGAGCUGGAGAGGGCGCAACGGCUAGAGGAGCGGGAGCGUAUCAUACGGGAAAUCUGGAGAAACGGACAACCAGACAUCUUGGGUUCGGGAACAGGGACCAUCGGAAGAGUGCAUUACUACUAA